AUGAAGCAAUCGAUCGUCAGAAAGGGGCAGUCUUUAUCGCAUCGAAGAUGGGAGAGCUUGAGUGCUCUUUGUCAGAAAUUGAUUGAUCGUCUUGAGAUGAGCGAUCGAUUGCAUCGAUGUUUUGAGAAUCCCAGUGCUCUCUGGAAAAAAAAUGAUCGAUUCCUUGAGGAAGGGCAAUUGAUCGGUUUAAAGUUUUUGGUAAAAGGAUUUGGAAAAGGUGCGGAAGCGAUAUGUGGUGAUAGGGAGGAGGAAGUAUGGUAA